AGCUCUAUCCUUUUUUUCUUCCAAAAAUUAAAAUGAGAAAGCUUUGGAAAUUUGGGGCAAUUGCCUCUACUUGCAUUUGCUUUGUAGUCAGCACUGUUGUUGCUGAUUACUCUUACGACUAUACUUCUCAUUCACCAUUUUACAACUCUAAGAAAGACUACAAAUCACUAUCCCCAUACUACAAGAAACCAGAAAAACAUGUUGAACAUCCUCCAUCCCAUUACUAUUACAAGACGCAUGCUCCUUCAAAGUACUACAAGUCACCUAUUGUAGCAAAGUAUUACAAGUCACAUGCUCCUUCACAACACUAUUACAAGUCACCUAUUGUAACAAAGUAUUACAAGUCAUCUGGUCCUUCGAAGCACUACUACAAGUCACCGGUGGUAGAGAAGUAUAACAAGUCACCAGCUCCUUCAAAAAAGUACUACAAGGCACCCGUGCCUUCAAAGAAGUACUACAAGUCACCUUUCCCUUUAAAGCACUACUACAAAUUACCAAAACCUACAAAGCACUACUACAAGUCUCCAUCACCUGCAAAUUAGUACUACAAGUCGUCUGCUCCAUCGACACACUAUUAAUACAAGUUCCCAUCCCCAUCAAAAUAUUACAAAUCACAUUCUCCUUCUAAAUACU